GAGUGUUUUCUGUAGGUAACCUGUAGUUCCAUUCCGGUGUGUACCACGUGACAUGUAUUGACCAAUCAGCGGCCGAGCUUUGUGCCCACCGCCAAGAUCAUAUAGCUACUCUCCUCAGGAAGAGUCUCACACAAUGUCCACCUUUUUCGCCUCGUAUCUCGUUAUUUGAAGCAUUUAAUGACACUUGGUCGUAACUGAAUGUAUGCGAAAUCUUAUUAAAUUCAUUACAUUUCAAAAUGUAGACCCUACGAGGCAGAUGUGCUCUCCGAAAAGGGAGUGAUGAACUCGCCAUUUUAGGAAUCUGCCGUCGGUGAAGGAUUUGUUGUUGUCUUUCUGUGCCUAGUUUACGGCAAAUUGUGAGCCUCAUUUGAUCUGUUGAAGACGUCCCAGCCUAGCGGGGAUUAUAUAGCAGACCAAGAUGACACAAAACCAGCAGAAUAUCACAACGCUGCUGAUCCCGGACCCAAAUGGUGGUCAGCCACAGAUGAUUAAGGUCAUGGGUGGCAAGGGUGGCCACUUACCCAUUCAGCUGACUGGGGUGAGUGCUGGUGGUUCUGGCAGCAAUGUAAAAGCCACUUUUGUCAAGACUUCCAAUGAUCAGGGGCAGACUGUAUUGCAGACAAGCAAGCUUCCCAGUGGUCAGAUCAUUGCCAUUCCUGCCAAGCAGGGCCAGCUCAGUGCCCCAAAUAUACGAGGAAAUCAAGUAGUGUUACCUGUAAGCAGUGCCCAGUUAAAAUCUCCCCUAAGAACCAUGGAUCAGCAGCAGCACCACACAGUGGUUACCAAUCGAUCAUCACUCACUACCUCUCCAGUUGUUAUCCGAACACAGACUGGCUCCUUAACUGCCAAUCCUGUAACUCUUCAGACUCAACAAACAACACAAUCACAAGUUCAUCACCAACAGCAGCAUCAACAGAGCAGUACGCAAGUCAUAAGCAAUACACCUCCGAAAAGUCUCAUCACCACUCCUAUAUUGGAUCACAGUGGUGCAAGGAAAAGACAUGACUUCGACUUUGACUACGGGGUGGAAAGUAAACGGCGAAAGAGCGAAAAGGGUGGCAAGGGUCUACGCCACUUUUCCAUGAAGGUAUGCGAAAAAGUUAAAGCUAAAGGUACAACGUCAUACAAUGAAGUGGCGGAUGAAUUAGUAUCUGAAUUUACAGACCCAACUCGGUGUGCAUCACCCUCUGAUGGUGCCAAUUACGACCAAAAGAACAUUAGACGGCGAGUUUAUGAUGCACUUAAUGUCCUUAUGGCAAUGAAUAUAAUCAGCAAAGAGAAAAAAGAAAUACGGUGGUUGGGUCUACCUACAAACUCAGCACAAGAGUGCCGAAAAUUGGAGCAGGAGCGACAUAAACGUGUAGAGCGCAUUAAACUCAAGACUCAACAAUUACAAGAUCUCAUAUUACAACAAAUCGCAUUCAAAAAUUUGGUGGGGGGCCCCGGAAUUGCCCACAAUUUUAUUACAACAGAUUUAGCAGAAGGAAACCAUGAACCCAAAUUGAAUCUUCGAGAGGAUUUAAGUAUACUUGGGACAGAAGUAUUUGGUGAAGAAGAUUUGGAAGUUGGUACCAUGACACGUACAGGCAGUAGCGGUGCGAGUAGUGGCCUAGGUGUUAUAUCCCGCCACUCAUCUCUAAUCUCCCUCCAGAAUGAACACCGACCUGACUCUGCAUCCCCUUCGUCCUUUGGAGAUGAGGAAGAUGAGGACAUGCUUGAUGAUUCUGAUGUUGAUAUCAGUUAAUGUAAAUAUAGCAGAGGAUAUGUUUGAGGGGCUGGGGAGGGGGGUCAGGGAAAGAAUCCAGAUAAAGGUAUGUAUUUAAAAAUUAAAGUACUGUAUUGCAAUUGGCAUGACUAUGUAAAGUACUGUAAAGGUUAAAGGUCAUUACAUGACAAGUAUAGCGGACUACUGUUCUUUUUUUUUCCGAAUUGUGUGCUUGUUUUCAAUCUUAAUUAUAGGUGGGUAAAGUAAUGGUGUAAGGUAUUUAUGCAUCUAAAUGAACAAAAUUAUCCCUUGAGUAAUUAUUUUUAAAUUCCUCCAAAGAUUAAUGAAAUAUGGGGUGUCUACAAGUUCUUUUUCCAGUUUCAGAAGUUUAUUACAACAGUAUGGUAAAAGAUAUGAAAAUGCAGUUCUUUGCAUGUGAUAGUAUUUUUUUUAACACGCUUGCCAUCUCCUACCAAGGUAGAGGGACCCAAAAAAAAACUUUCACCAUCAUUCACUCUUAUCACUGUCUUGCCAGAGGUGCACAGAUACUACCGUUCACCUGUUCCUCCAAACUGCAAAUAUCCCCACUUCUCCUUCGGAGUGCAGACACUGUACUUCCCACUUCCAGGACUCUAGUCUGGCUAGCCGGUUUCUCUGAGUCCCUUCACCUUGCUCACACUCCAGCAGUUCAUCAAGUCCCAAAAACCAUUUGCCUUCACACAUUUCUAGUGCACAAACUUUAUAGUAACAUAAAGUACCCUGGCAAAUGGAUUUGACCCCAUUCUUUUAGUACCUGUGGGAGGAAUUUUUGAUGAAUUAUGCGAUUAGAUGUAUUGCUGGUCAAUAGAGCUUAAUUUAUAAUUUUUAUAGAUGGGUAUAUUGUUCCCUGGGGCAAGUUGCCUGACCUCAUGGUCUCGUUUGCCCACUCUUUGGGAUGUAGCAGCAUUUCCUUUCACCACCUAACACUGAUGGGUUGAAGUUUCCUGAGCAGUAGAGGUAUGUUUUAUAACAAAAUAUUGUGCAGAUUACACAACCAUGAAACUGAAUAAAACUGUCAUUCAGCUAUCAUGCAGAAAACUGCAUGUUCAUGUUGCCUUUUUUUUUUUUUUUUUUAACAUUGGAAAAGGACUAUGGACUGCCUGUUUUGUAUAGUAAGCAAAAUUGUUGAAUUCCUUUCCUAUCUUGUGACUGGGAGUAACUACACUAGAGCCUGAGAUUUCUCAUACAAGACUGAAAACAGGUUUCAUGUGUGUUAGGCAAACAGAUUAUGCUCUAUUUUGGGGGAAUAUUAUAAUUUAAAUCGAUUUAAUGCAGCCUUUGUGUAGUACAACUGCAGGGGUUGGUAUUGGGCAUUUGUUUGUAUAAGUGAAUACUGAUAUGUUCAAAUGUGAAAGAAGUUGGAGACGUAAUAGAAAAAGGUAGUUUGUUGGGUUAUAGUGUAAUAUGAUGGAACGAUGUGGGAAGGGAGGGGAAUGCGUCUCAGCCUUGGGAUUCAGUACAAAGUGAAGUACAAUUUGUACUACUGCAUCUCUAGUGGCAUAGACAUUUCUGUGACUGGACUGUUUAUAUGCAAUCUUUUUUCUUAAGUUGAAAUGUCACUUUUUUUUUUUUUGUGGAUAAUUUUUGCUGUUAUCCUUAUCUAUUAACUGAAAGAUGUCUGCUUUGGGAGACUGGCAGGUUAGGAUUAACUUUCCAUAUCAGUCUUCUCACAUUUUACUGAGAGAUAUCAAUUAUAAUAAAAAAAAAAUGGUGACAUCAAAGCCAACUAAUUUUAAAUGAUGAAUCAAUUUUUUUUUUUUUUUUUUUUUUUUUUUUUUUUUUUUUUCUUCUUCUUCUCUAUCUCUACCUGGCAGUGGUCACUCUCCCUUAGUGGACUGUCUUGAAUCACAAAUGAUAAGAUAGAAGAUUCCAGUGUUAAGGAUAAUGUCCAAAGCUGUUAAUCAUUGGAACGUUUAAAUGCCAUUAGUGAUAUUUAACAGUGUUGGCAUCAUCAGUAGCAACCAUUUCAAAGACUACAAAGUGAGUUUAUUUUUAUGAAAGAGUAGAGUAUAUGUGCAAAAGAGAUGCUUGUUAUUACUCUUGGCCAGAAAGACAUGUAUAUAAAAUUUUCAUUCAGCUCAUUCUGCCAUGGUUUAUGCUAAACUGUCUUCGUGUGUUUGUAUAGAAAGGGUAUGAAUUAUGGUCCUCUAUUGGUGAACUGUUAUUUUAUUUAUUUUUUUAUUUUAAUUUGUCUUUAUGUAGAUAACUAAGUUUCCAUUGUUUGAGGUCCACAAUUUCUACUCUUGCUACAAACACCCAAAUAAAAAUUUUUUGCUCUUUCAAUGAGCCACAGAAUGGUCUUUUCAACACAAUUUUUCUAAAUAAAAAAUUGUGUAUAGUACAAAUUGUUUAGAUAGGAGCAUUAAUAUUUCUCUUGUUCCCAAAUGCAAUUAAAUUACAGAGAGAGAGAAAUGCUACCUGCCUGCCACUGUGUUAUGAGUGAGGAGGAAAAUUGUCUGAGGUCAUCUUUGUUUGGUCAUUUCUAUAUUGUCAUGUCAUAUAUUUUUGAGUAAGAUUGAUUUUACAUUAAAUUUUGCAAGUUUUACAUUUAAGAUGCAAAAUAAUUUUAUUUUUUUUAUACGACUCCAGCAAACUAUUAAUUUUUUUCAUUCGUUAUAAAGUACUGGUAUUAGUGCAUAAACACAUUCUCAAAUAGGCAUUAUUCAGGGAAUUAUUACAUUUUGUUGUACAGUAAAACCUCUGUAAUUUUGGUAUUCUAUAAUAUAGAAUUUCAAAAUAAUUCCAAAUUUUGUAAUGUGAAAUUUAGUACAUGACACUUGUAUACAAAUGUACCUUUUCAAAACUAUUGCCAAUCACUGUAAGACUUUCUCUGGAUGAUGAUCUCUUCUGGCUUAUGCACUUUUAUUAUUUUUUCAUUUAUGUACUGUGCUUUUAAAAUAUUACUUGUAAUUUAGACUUGGUCAAUAUUCAGUAAGGGUAGAGCUGUUGUCCUGAACUAGAGAGGUAUUACUGUACAGUAUAUGGAAUUUAAAUAUUUUUUUAUAAAACGUAAGACAUUUCAUGUCUUUUGCAUUCCUGUGUAAUAUCUUGGAGAAUAUAUUAGCCAAAUUGUUAAUGUUAAAGUGAAAAUGCAGGUUCCACUAUAUUGCUGUAUCUGGCAUUAUAUAAAAAGUAUAGUGCAUUUGAAGCCUCCAGAUAUAACUGGGUGUUAUAAUUGAUGAAGUGUCAAAAUUAGUCUUUAUUUUUGUAAUGUGUAUGCUUGAAUUAAAGAAAUGUAAUUUAUUAAGAAAUGUGAUAACUGUAGAGAUACUAGUAUUUUUUCUUUAAUCAGUCUGCUGCAUUGCCUUUAAUAUAAUUAUACAAUUAAAUUUACUCUUAAUUUCAAUAAUGUGCCUCACAAAAACUAAUACACAAUUUCAGGUUUACUUGCAAAUAAUUAAAAUUUACAGUGAGUAUUUAAAACUUUACCUGUAAUUAAAAUUUUGUUUUAUGGAGCAUGGUUUUAUGUACACAUUAUUUUCAUUUAAGUGUUGCAAAUCAUAUUGUUAUAGGCAGUCUUAUGUCCAUGGCAACACUGACUUUGUCUUUGUGAUGUGUGACCAAACUUAAGUGGCCUGUGGACAGCUUUCGAGUGUAUUGCUUUCUCACUUGGAAGUAGACUUCUGUUACUGACAUUUCUAUUUUAAAGGUGGAUUUUAAAGAUUUCAGAUCCAGCUAUUAAUAGAUUGCAUGAACUAGUUGUCUACUAGUCCAAAAAUGUGAUGUGUGAGUGAGUUGAGUGCAUGUGCUUUGUACACAAUAGUUUCUGCACUGACCGAUCCCUAUUCUUCAUGUCUUCACACAAACUAUAAGGAUCACAUUGUAACAUGUUGAAGAAAAAAUAGAAGGUUUUCAUUA